UCAGCUUCAAAUCAAGUUGUAACUGGCUGGAAUAUUUCAUAGUACAAAAUAUAUAUAUAUAUAUAGCUUUGACGAUAAAUUGUUUAUUAAAGCGUUUUCAAUAUGUAUCGCGCUUCAUAUCAAAAGGGUUUCCUUACGAUCCUCUACAGCGUGGGCAGCUCUCCGCUGGACAACUGGUCCACAUUUACCAAAAAUGGCUAUAUUAAGCGCAUUUACGAUGAAGACAUCAAAUCGUUGGUGCUGGAAAUUAUGGGUUCUAAUGUGUCCACCACAUUUAUACACUGUCCCAGUGAUUGCAAGGCUGAGCUCGGCAUUAAGUUGCCAUUUCUAGUCUUGCUCAUCAAGAAUAUGCACAAAUACUUUUGUUUUGAGGUUAAGAUACAAGAUGAUCAGCGUUUCAUGCGCCGCUUUCGUGUGUCCAAUUUCCAGAGUAAAACAUCGGUGAAACCUUUUUGUACAGCAAUGCCCAUGGGCAUGUCACCGGGCUGGAAUCAGAUCCAAUUCAAUUUGGCCGAUUUUACGCGUCGCGCUUACGGUUCAAAUUAUUUGGAGACUGUUUCCCUCCAAGUACAUGCCAAUGUGCGCAUUCGACGCAUCUACUUCACCGAUAAACUUUACACGGAAGCCGAGCUACCCAACGACUACAAGUUGCUGGGCAAGCCCAAGGAUAUCAAGAAAGAGAAACAGUUCAAAGCUCCGCCCACAGCGCGUCCUCCAUCGCCCCUAAACACGGGACGACCCGAAGCGGCACCCAAGCAAGUGAAUGUGGAAGCAACGGCACUGGAAACGGAAACAGAAGUGGAUGUUGCCCCACCGGAAUCGAAGUCAAUGGAUGUGGGUCCGGAACCAGAUACAGCACCAGCUGCUACUACAGAGCCGGAACCUCCAGCCCAAACCGAGGCUACGGAGGAGGCUUAUUAUUGAUUCAUAUUUUUACAUAGUGUUUUUUUAAAUGUUUCAAUUCAAUUUUAACUAGAGGGAGGCGUGGCUAAGCGACACAUAACAACUAAAUUAAAAGUCCUAGAUAUUUAGAUAUGAUCAUAAAA